UCUGGAUACAGUUCUUGACAACCGCCACAGCAGAAGAUUUUUGUGUCUAUCAACGUCCAGGAGUGGUGCAGAUGAGUGGGGCGGUAUGCCCUAAACCAGCCAUGGAAACGCUUCACGCUCCAUUCUUGCACAUUGAAGUCGCCAACAGGAGGCGAGCCAACUUCACGGUGGUCGCCUUGUCGUCUCCCAAGGAUGUGUGGCGGAGACAAUCCCCUGCCCUAUCCACGCCCGCCAAUCUGCCGCCGCGCCAGAUUCGGCGGCGCGACCGGAGCUCCGAGUUCAUCGACCACAGCGUGGACAUGAACGAGCUUGUCUCCUCCAUCGGCCAGACAUCGGACGAGCACGAGCUCUACGCCCUAAUGUCGCCGUACAAAUGCCGCAGCCUUUCCGUACGAUUUAUGGUCUCCCUCCUCUCAUCCGAAUCCGAUUGGCAGCGCUCGCUCGCGCUGCUCGAUUGGAUGAACGAGGAGGCGCGCUACAGCCCCUCCGUGUUCGCCUACAACGUGGUGCUCAGGAACGUGCUGCGGGCCAAGCAAUGGGAGGUUGCUCACGGUCUGUUCGACGAAAUGCGUCAAAGAGCUCUAUCACCCGAUAGGUACACUUACUCCACUCUGAUCACACAUUUCGGGAAGCAAGGCCUUUUCGACGAUGCACUGUCGUGGCUGCAGAAGAUGGAGCAGGACGAUGUGCCCGUCGAUUUAGUUCUCUACAGCAACUUGAUCGAAUUGUCUCGAAAACUCUGCAACUACUCCAAGGCCAUCUCCAUUUUCUCCAGGCUAAAGAGGUCAGGCAUUGCACCAGACCUUGUUGUGUAUAACUCCAUGAUCAAUGUGUUUGGGAAGGCCAAGCUUUUCCGGGAGGCGAGAGCGUUGAUUGGCGAAAUGGAAUCGGCAGGGGUUGUUCCGGACACGGUUAGCUACUCGACACUGUUGACAAUGUAUGCUGAGAAUCACAGGUUUCUUGAGGCUCUAUCAGUGUUCAAGGAAAUGAAGGAGAACAAGUGUUUGCUUGACCUCACAACCUGUAAUAUAAUGAUCGAUGUGUACGGGCAGGUCGACAUGGCUAAAGAAGCAGAUAAGUUGUUCUGGGGGAUGCGGAAGAUGGAGAUUGAACCCAAUGUGGUUAGUUAUAACACCCUUUUGCGGGUGUAUGGUGAUGCCGAGCUUUUUGGGGAAGCCAUACAUUUGUUUAGGCUGAUGCAGAGGAAGGACAUUAUGCAGAAUGUUGUGACGUAUAAUACGAUGAUGAUGAUCUACGGGAAGACAAUGGAGCACGAAAAGGCUAAUAAUCUUAUCCAGGAGAUGCAUAGAAAAGGGAUUGAGCCGAAUGCGAUAACUUAUUCGACAAUAAUCUCGAUAUGGGGCAAGGCAGGGAAGCUGGACCGGGCAGCUAUGUUAUUCCAGAAGCUUCGAAGCUCUGGUGUAGAGAUCGAUCAGGUGCUUUAUCAGACGAUGAUUGUUGCGUACGAGAAGGCCGGUUUGGUUGGUCAUGCCAAACGACUCCUGCAAGAACUGAAGCAACCCGACAAUAUCCCAAGGGAAACUGCCAUCCGAAUCCUUGCUGGAGCCAGUCGGAUAGAAGAAGCGACAUGGGUUUUCAGGCAGGCUGUUGAAGCCGGAGAGAUCAGGGACAUAUCCAUCUUCGAGCACAUGAUCGAUAUGCUCUCUAAACACCGAAAGUAUGCAAAUGUGAUUGAGGUGUUUGAGAAGAUGCGAGGGGCAGGGUAUUUUCCCAAUUCUAAGGUGCUGGCAUUGGUUCUGAAUGCGUGUGGCAAGUUGAAUGAGUUCGACAAGGCGAAUGCCGUGUAUACAGAGCUGCAGGAGGAGGGGUGUAUCUUUUCGGAUGAGGUUCAUUUUCAGAUGCUGGACAUUAGCGGGGCGAGAAGAGAUUUCGAGACGGUGGAGAGAUUGUUCGAGAGGCUGGAGCAAGAUCCUAAGAUUAACCAGAAGGACUUGCAUCUUGUUGUUGCCAGCAUCUAUGAAAAAGCAAAUAGGCUCAAUGAUUCAUCAAGAAUUGUCAACCAGAUGAGUGACAAGGUACUUCUGGCAUGACCCUGUUCCAUAACUUCAUUGUAUCAGAAAUGGUAUCAUCUUUGUAUAUAAAAUGGUAUUUUUAUGAA